UGUGUUCGGUAGAGCCUCGAGCUCCAAGACCGGGUGUUGUUUUCUCAUUCUUAAUUUUAGCUGAUAAAGGUACAGCGGACGACGGAGAAAGCGCAGACGUAGGGCCAGUGUUCCCGGACGGGAGCGACGAAGAUGAAGCGGCCACCAUGUUGGCGACCACGCUGCCAGCAUGCGAAGAAUCAAAGGACGAACGUCGGAAAAAGGCAAAGGACAGCAUUUUGGCCUCUGAUGGUGAAAUUCGUUGAAGUAGCGUAUACAGUGCCGCUGUCCGUUCUGGUAUCGUAAGCACCUGGAACCAUUUCUCCACCUGAGUCAUUUCUGAUGCAAAUUCUGGGUCCAUAAAGGCAACAUCCAGCUCCGAAAACUUGUUUUCCAGUCCUACUCUCAUUGUUAGACAACAGGUUCAUGUGCUUCUCGUCCUCGAAGACCGUUGAAACGCGAUCUUCCAUACAUAAAGUACAAAAACACGCGCAUAAACGCCUCGACAUGAACCAAUACCUACCUAACGAUCCAUCAUCCAAGCUUUUUCUCGGCGAAUUUCCAUUCCGGCUGGGACUCCGGCCAGAAAAUCCGUGGCUCGGAGUAUCUAACAAACCGUCUGUUGGUCUCAGCUCCGCAUUCGAAGACUCAAAAUUGGACGGUCGAGAUGGGAGAGCUGUACCUCCAGGAGCAUCCAUGCCGUUUUUUACUAAGCAAGUUUGUACUCCGUGAGGAACUGGCUCACGAACUCAACCAAAAAGUCUUUAAAGCAAUUCGGCAAUUCAAUUCCCAAAAAAACAGUAGUUCUUCAAUUUCUAUGAAGUCAGGUUGAGGUGGGUUCAAUCUCCCCGCUACUGAUGAUAAAAGGAACCCCUCAACAAUUAAAAUGCCAACGCCAGAGUGGCUGGUUCUGGUCAAGUGCACCUGCAGCAAGAGUUGGGCCUUAGGUUGAUAGCCGAGUUCGGUUAUGCAGUCUCGGGUAAAUCGUUGGCGAGCGAGAGGCGAAGCUUAAACGAAAUUUCGUUCAAUUAGCAGUCGAGAAAAACAAUGAGGUUUUAAGCGCUCGAGCGGGUUCUCGAUACGAACAUCCGCUUCCACCAAGCGGCGAUUUCUGGAAUAAGAGAAUCAGUUACAAGCCUCAACGUAAUAAAUUUAAUAGAGGCACGGAUGGACUGGGACGAGAAAACGGAGUCAAACAGUGGUCCAUGUACCGCGUUUCACAUGCUUUUAUACUUGAUCAUGUUUUUCUCUAGUUGUAUCCGUUAAGACCCCAACUGGGUUUCUCACCACCAUCACAAGACCCACACACACUAGACCCCACGUCAGCAGCCAAGGGUUCGUAUUUGUGGAUCUACUACGAUUGACUGGUAGGAUCCUGUUUACUGUGUUGCUGUAUCAGUGUCUCAUUGUAACGUUAUCUCUAUGUUGUCUCUUCGAGCUGUGCUGAACCCUGGAUUCUCAUGGAGGCCCGUCCUUAAUAAAUUGCCUCGGACACUGUAUGUAACAAGGAAGUACGCCAAAAACGCGGCUAAAGCAACCUCUGAAGCUCCUGCGGCGGACGGAUUGCUGCUUUCGUUUGCUCUUCCUUCUUCUACGCUGUACGAACGAACCCCAGUGACUCAAGUGGAUAUACCAACGGAACACGGAGAUAUGGGUAUCUUAAAAAAUCAUGUUCCCAUCAUCGAGUGUCUUCGUCCUGGUGUAAUUAAAAUCACCGACGUCAAUGGUGCGACCGACAAGUUGUUCUCGGCCGGUGGGUUUGCUGUGCAACAGCCCAACAACCAUCUGUGCAUCACGUCUCCUGAGGCGUUUCGUUUAGACGACUUUGCUAGUGUGUCUGAGGUUACAUCCCUGCUGGACCAAGCGAAGACUCAACAAGCAACGGCUUCUGAGACCGAAAAACCCGCUGUCGACGUUCGAAUUUCUGUACUCGAAGCAAUUCUUCAAGCACUCCGUGGUUAGACAGUCCGUGGUCCGGUAGACUAAUGACUAGCCUUGGGGCUUGACAAGCUUACUGGCCUUCUUUCUUUCUCUUUCUCUUAUUCGUCUUGUUAUCGUUUUGCUCAUUCUGUUCCUUUUCUCCCGAUUGUCAAUACGUUCUACGCAACAGCUCAUGAGCCCUCUCGUUCCGUUUAUGAAAUAAAAUUCUUUAAUAAUGCUAAUUGUAUUCUCUCAACCGCCUUAAUAAUGCAUUCAGUCUUGUUUUCUGCCAUA